AUGAAGGCGUACCCGGUUGGUAACCUCGACUUGCCAGUCACAUUCGGCAACAAAGCCAACUACCGCACCGAGACUCUCACAUUCGAGGUUGUAGACUGGAAGGGGGUAUACCACGCCAUUCUUGCACGCCCCGCCUACGCCAAAUUCAAGGUGGUGCCCAACUACACCUACCUCAAGCUCAAGCUGCCGGGCCCAAACAGGGUCGUCACGGUGAGUGGCUCCUUCGAGCAGGCCUACGUUAGCAGCCGCGAGUACUUCAACCUCGCCACCACUGCGGCGAACUUAGCGGAGCUCGGCCAGCUUCGCGCCACUACUCCCGAAUGCCGUCCUGACCCUGGCAAGCCCAGCCAGGCGCCGACCUUCGUCUCCACCGACGAGACCAAGUCGGUCGUGGUCGACGAGGCCAAUCCUACCAAGACGGUGCGGGUCGGCUCCCAGCUGUCGGCCAAAUAG